AUUGGAAGAAUGCCCCUUACAUUGGUGAUCAGUGGGAAGAAUGUCCCUUACAUUGGUGAUCAAUUGGAAGAAUGCCCCUUACAUUGGUGAUCAGUGGGAAGAAUGUCCCUUACAUUGGUGAUCAAUUGGAAGAAUGCCCCUUACAUUGGUGGUCAGUGGGAAGAAUGUCCCUUACAUUGGUGGUCAGUGGGAAGAAUGUCCCUUACAUUGGUGAUCAGUGGGAAGAAUGUCCCUUACAUUGGAGGUCAGUGGGAAGAAUGUCCCUUACAUUGGGGGUCAGUGGGAAGAAUACCCCUUACAUUGGGGGUCAGUGGGAAGAAUGUCCCUUACAUUUGGGGUCAGUGGGAAGAAUAUCCCUUACAUUGGGGGUCAGUGGGAAGAAUGUCCCUUACAUUGGGGGUCAGUGGGAAGAAUGUCCCUUACAUUGGUGAUCAGUGGGAAGAAUGUCCCUUACAUUGGUGAUCAGUGGGAGAAUGUCCCUUACAUUGGGGGUCAGUGAGAAGAAUGUCCCUUACAUUGGUGGUCAGUGGGAAGAAUGUCCCUUACAUUGGUGGUCAGUGGGAAGAAUGUCCCUUACAUUGGGGGUCAGUGGGAAGAAUGUCCCUUACAUUGGGGGUCAGUGGGAAGAAUGUCCCUUACAUUGGUGGUCAGUGGGAAGAAUGUCCCUUACAUUGGGGGUCAGUGGGAAGAAUGUCCCUUACAUUUGGGGUCAGUGGGAAGAAUGUCCCUUACAUUGGGGGUCAGUGGGAAGAAUGUCCCUUACAUUGGUGGUCAGUGGGAAGAAUGUCCCUUACAUUGGUGGUCAGUGGGAAGAAUGUCCCUUACAUUGGGGGUCAGUGGAAAGAAUGUCCCUUACAUUGGUGGUCAGUGGGAAGAAUGUCCCUUACAUUGGGGGUCAGUGGGAAGACUGUCCCUUACAUUGGGGGUCAAUGGGAAGAAUGUCCCUUACAUUGGUGGUCAGUGGGAAGAGUGUCCCUUACAUUGGGGGUCAGUGGGAAGAAUGUCCCUUGCAUUGCGGGUCAGUGGGAAGAAUGUCCCUUACAUUGAGGGUCAGUGGGAAGAAUGCUCCUUACAUUUGUGAUCGUUGGGAAGAAUUACCCCCUUACAGAUAGCUA